AGAGUUUGCUUGGUCGCCUGAGGACGAGCUUCUGGUCAGGGCGAUGUGGGAACAGAAAGCCAGCAAGAGGUACAGUGACAUGAUGAGUGACUACAAGAGGAAGCUCAGGGCUAGUACCGAUGAAGGUCGGGAGAUGGAUAGACCCCUCUGGAUGUCUGCCGAACUCUGGAUAGGACUCCAGGCAUACUGGAGUCAGGAGGCUGUUCAGGCCGUUUCCCAGCGAGCACGUGCGAACCGGAUGUCUGAGCCCGAUGGACCCGGUACAUGGAUCAGCAGGCACGUGGGAGGGUCUCAGUCCACUCGUAUCCUGCAGCAGAGUCUGAGCUUGGAGACUGGACUCCCCCCAGCUGCACAGAACUAUAGCACCUUCCUCCGCCUCCACAUGCACGAGGAUGGAACUUUUCUGUCACCGAGGGAUGAGAGACUAGAUGCGAAGAUUCGUCGCAUUGUUGUUGAGACUGGGCGAGAGGACCGGCUGCCUGAGAUCUACUUGGAGGUCGUACGGCCCGACAGGUCCCGGCUCUACGACACUGGAAGUGCCGGUAGGAACCAGGUUAGUAGGGGGUCUACUCAAAGCACAUGCACUUCCAUGAUGUCUCAGCAGCUGUAUGAGAUACGGAUCUCCACGCUGGAAGAACGCCUUCAGGCCGAACAAGCAGCACGUGAGGCCGAACGAGAGGCUUCUCGAGCAGAACGUGAGGCCCUCGAGCAGCGUAUGGCUCAAUUCGAGGAGUUCAUGAGGCAGUCGGGUCAGCUACCUUGA